AUGGCUCUCUGGACACCUUACAAUGACGAAGCCUUAGACUUAACGAAACAUAAUAAAGCCGAAAAGCCCCCAGAUGUCUACCGAUCCGUUUCACCAUUAGCUCAUACUUAUUACGAAGGAAGUUACGAACCAUACCGCGUUCCCACAUCUCAAAUCUCUCCAGACUCAUUAAAGAGCUGGAAUCAGACACAGGACUUCUAUGACACAGAGUCUCUAUCAGAUGAUAUGGAAUACCAGGCAUUUGAGCAAGAUGCGUUGCAGGCUAUGGCGGAGAAAAAUGGCGGCAGUUUACUCGGCAAUAAUCCAAGAAUGAAACGAGCGGUUCAAAGCACGCAAGCGAUGGAUAACAUGUAUAGGAAACAGAGGGAGAGGAAUAAUUUCGCGGCGAAGCAGAGCAGAGAUAGGAGGAAGCUGAGGGAGGUGCGUUUGGCGUUCCAAGUGACGUUUCUGAAGAAGAAAUUGGCGGAGUUGAGAGCUAGGCUGGAUGGGAGCGUGUGCGGUCGAUGUGAAAGACAAUGUCGGUGUUGA